CUUCCCUACCAGCGUGAAAAAAUGAAGAAAGAGAUUCUCCUACUUCUCUCUACAAUUCCAGCGUAUUGACUUCCGAAAAUGGAAUUCCAGCAACACAAUCGCCGGAUUCCUUAUCCCGUAGAAUACGAACAUACUUUCUACACUCAUAAGCACCUCCCUGGUUUCAAUCAUCACCACCCGCACCGCAACCGGAGCAAAGCAAAUUACAGGGGAGUCAACUUCAAUUACGGGAAAGGCUUCUACCAUUCGCACAGGUAUAUUCCUACAUACUACAGCUCAAACGACAACUUCAAGUCAAGACGCUAUGACGAAAUUCACACAGGUAAUCGUUUUAACCCACACCCCUAUUCACGUCCGGAACUACUCACGUCAGCCAGUUCCUACUGGAGUCCUAACUAUCACAACAGGGCUAAUUGGGAUUUCCCAGUCCGCCCUGAAGCUCGUCCUAUUCGGGUUCAAGGUUACGUGCACCAGCGCCAGUCAGUCCGGCCACCUCCCACACUACCCCCUAAGAAAUUAGAGAAUUGGAGUUUGGUCAAAUACAGGGGGGGACGACAAUCCAACGACCCUGCCCAGCGAAUCCCGGGAUCCCUACCACCCAUCUCAGAGAACAAAAGGGAAUCUGGUUUUACUAAUCGCUACCUGUGUUUAAGAACCGACGAUGACUUCUGCACAUAAUCUGAGGUCGAUUUGGACUCUCUCAGUCCUAUUGACAAUCAGGUAGUUAGAAGGCACAAAAAUCAUAAGAAACUUGAGCGAGGAAUCGAGACAGCCAGACGAUAUCCAACAGUUUCAGACCACGGUGGACACAGCCGUAGGCCGGAAAACCCUUCGCCACCGUCACCCAUCACUUCGCCAGGCACAACAACUGUCAAGCCUACAACCGACACUCUGUGCGCUGUAGACAAUACCUCGACAAACACAGCCAUUUGCACAUGGGCCGAUCUGCUCAAGGGUCCUAUGGAGAAGACAAACGGCUCAAAUAAUGGCUCCUCUUCGACCACAAAAAUCCAAUCCACUGGACAGGCUGGAACGUCGGUUAAUAUUGAGCGACCAGGUACAUCCGUAAAUGGGAAUUUUGACGGUAAAGGAAAGGUCUUAACGGAUAAAGACCAUUUUGAUACACUUGCACUGCUAAACGCAACGGAAAAAUACUCUUUCUACAUCCUUUAAAUUUGCAAUGAAAAAUGGAGAUUUGGUCUUCUUUCAAAUUAAAAGAUCUCUUAUGCAUAAAAUACACAUCAAAGUCGACCUUGUCCCGCAAAUCAUCCGGUUCAUCUACCAGCUUACAACCCCUGCUCAGAAUAAUUCUGAGAAAAUAAAGAAAUUUGGAGAUCUCACUAUCUCUGUGGAAUUUAACAGAUCGGGCUACAACGUAAAAAUGGCGAAAUUUAAAGGGAGCUUCAUCCGGAUACCCAUGGGACCCCAAAAUUCUAGCCUAUUCAAAUUCCUUAAUAUCUUUUCUAAUUUUGCAGGCAUCCCAAACUCUAUGCCCGAUGAAUCAAUAUUUCUCCAACACAGGAAAAAACCCGAGCUGCCAUUGAUCCAAGCUUUCUCAGAUGCAUCUGAUGAUUUUUACCAUUCAGAUGACUCACUAUUUACCGAUGAUUUCUUGGGACAUGCAACCAAGAGCGAUCGCCGUCCUCCUAUUUCAUACCCGGAAGAAAUUAGGAAAUCAAAAUUCAAUACUGCGAUCUGCUGGAAAACUAAUUUCAUCACCUCAGAAAAUUAUAUGCCGACUGAGAACUUGAACACGCAGCUAAAAAUCUACAGGAAGUCUCAAAAGAAUAAGAGGCGACACAGCAUGCAAACUAGGUCCCAAUCGAGAGAUUUCCCAUGGAAUUAGCCUUCUUCUCCUUUAAUUUAGUACUUUGAUUUAUCUUUUUUUCUCUUUCUUGUACUUCUUUUUUUUUGUUUCCCUUUUUCGCAUUGUACUCUCAAUUUUUCUCAAUAAAAUCUCCCCUUUCCAAAAAAAAAAAAAAAAAAAACUUCCCUACCAUCUCUAUACAUUUAUAGAGGUUUACUAUGUUCACACACAUGUUCGGGAUCAAGGAAAGGUCUUAACGUUGCAAAACGUCAUAAAAACCCCAUGUUGGGCAGCCUGGGUGCCACGCACGGCGUGCGUAGGAGGCACGCACACGUGCGUGGCUUCGGUCUUCCCCCGUGGCUACUGCCAUCCACGCACGGGGGACACACAGAGGUACGCACGGAGUGACGCAUGCGUGCGUCCGGGUACGCACGGCCGUGCGUGGAGCAAUUUAUCUCCGGAAGCCCAUUGCCCCCCACACACGGAGGAACGUACACGUGCGUCCUGCUGUGCGUGGAAUUGUUUUUUCUUCAAAAGCUCACUGUCCCCCAAGCACGGAGGAACGCACGCGUGCGUCCGGCCAUGCGUGGAAAUUGUUUUUGCCCAACCCAGCGAAACCUCCCGGUUCGUCCCCGGGGUGGCCCGUACUCAACCCCCACAGCUUCCACUACCCAUAUAAGCCUAAAAACAUUCAAAAUUUGAUGUAUUACCAGCGACAGAAUCCGGGUUAGCUUGAGCGUCCGCCUCUGUCAUCGCAUAAACUCUAGCUUGAGUUCUCCCUUGGUUCACGUAGGGUGCGUUGAUUGCACUUGCCCCGCCGUGCCCCACGCUUGCAUUUGGUGCCCCACCCCGGCUUCUACUCACCGUGGUUGCACUACUUGGCCCUGGUGACCGGUUCCCACCAAGUUGAGUACAGUUCGGACUUAUGUGCUCCGUAUCUCUGCAUUGGUAGCACCGUGGGGGAUCACAACAUUUGACCCCGAAUUUUGCCCACCCAUGCUGGGAUUCCCCCUCGAUGGUGGUGCGGGUGUCCUGAAGGAUCCUCUUCCCCCAUGGUUUCCCUUUUUGUUAGAACCUUGGGGGCCGUGGUUUUCUCACUUUCUCUUCUUCGCCUCCUCGACUUUUUUCAGCUUCCUUUCCUCCCAUUCUUUUUCUCCCUUCAAGCCUUGCUCAACUACUUGACUGAACGUCCUGUUGGGAAAUUGUGUUGCCCUCUCACGCACGUCCAAGUCCAAGGCAUUCCAGAAAUGGUUCACCAUCCGAUUCUCAUCGCAAAUGUACUCCGGAAUGAAUUCAGCAAGUUUUCUGAACUUGUGCUCUAGUUCUUUCACAGUGCAUUGACCUCCUUGGGUCAAGUUCGUGUACUCCCUCCUCUUCAUGUUUACUUCGAAGUCGGAGUAGUAUUUGUUGGUCCCGGUUAUACUGGACACAGUCUAGAGGGGGGGUGAAUAGACUGUGUUGGUUUUUAGCUUUUUAGACUAAGUACCAGAUUUACAGAAUAGCCUGUUCUAUUGAAAGAACAGACUGGCAGCGGAUGGGGUUCUGGUAGGGAGUUCUGUUAGCCUCAGAGAAGCAAUAGGCAGUAGGCCUUCUGUUAACUCGUAGAACAAGUUCUGCUGAACACAGAUACCAAGUCCAAGGAGUUAUACAGUUCUAACUAAGUGCAAGUAUUAAAAGCAGUAAGUAAACGACACCAGGGAUUUUUAUAGUGGUUCAAGGAACAACUCGUUCCUCUAAUCCACUGUUCCACUAAGCUGUAAAAACUGCCGUUUACAAAGCCUUAGUCCUAGUACUUAAGAAGCACUCCACGUCUUCUUCAAGCCUAGAUGUGUCCUGGGAUGCACUGCCUGGCUUCCUUUAACACUGGUCCUUUCACUGAGUUUCCUUGAAGUAUCACCACUUCACUACUCCAGUUAUUUGGACGUCCUUCUUGUAGUAAGAAGAGUUUCUGUUGAAACUGGGGUUCCUCCAACUAGCUUCGUUACAAAAGAUUUGUAUGUGAUGAGCUUGAAGAGUUGAAGAACACUUGGAACUUUGCUUGUGUUGGAAAGAGUAUUUUUUCCAACUUCUGCCUUCUCUUGUAGAGGAUAAUGAGUUUGAAUCUCAAGGAGGCUUUUUGCUUUUCAGAGUUUGAAUAUCUUGCUUGUGGUUAGCAAAAGUUGCAAUGUAAUCUUGGCAAAGUUAUAGCAAAAGUUAUCCGGUUGUUCUUCGUAGUGUAUCUUUUUAUACUGAGGUUGUCUUCCCGUUGGAGGAGUAGGAGGACAACUGCAUUUAAUGCGCGAUCAGUUGACUUGACUAGUAGAGCCCGAUAAAGUUGGCGGGUUACUAUUUUGGGAUAAAGUAUUCCUGACAUUGCGGCCAAUCAUCUGCAAUUACUCUACGUAGCAUGGGGUGCAUUAAAUGAGCAUUUAAUGCAUGCACUGUAGCUUUUCCGUUUCAUACUCCUAGCCGUUGAAGGAAUCUUUUAGUUGACUUCCCGGUUCUUUGAAAAUCUUCUAAGUGUCAGACCUUCUGGUGUCUUUGUGUGAGAGUAGAACAGAGGAGGCCUGGAGCACUUCUGUUGGGAGUCUCCAACAGAGACCCGGAAGGGUUUUUGUCAGAGUCAAGACUAACAGAGAUCCUGAGGACUUCUGUUCUGGAGCAGAGAACCAAGGGUCCUCUGUUCCAAUAAUGUCUUAAGAGGCACUUCUGCUCUUGAAGUCCUUCUGCUCUUGAAGGUCUUCUGCUCUUGAAGGUCUUCUGUCAAGUCGAAUACAUCUAAGAACUUUACAAAGGAAAAUUCUAAUACAUAAUUUCUAAAGGGGUACUCUAAGAUCCUAAUUAAUCUAGCAUCAUCAAAAUCUAAUUACAAUUAUUCCUUACAAUUUCCCCCUUUUUGAUGAUGCCAAAACCCUUUAACUAUUUCCUGAGAAGUGCCUUCACCAUGAAAAAUAUUAAGUUUAAAACUUCCAUUAAAAUCUUGGUGGGCAACUUGACAUAGGAAAAUAGUAAGAGUACGAUACAUUCAGAUAGCAGAAAAUAACAGAAAUAAACAAACACAAGCAGAAGGCAAAAAAGACAAGAAUUUGAGGAAAAGCACUUCAAAGUAAGAAGGCAGAGAUGUGAUUUUAUUAGAUAGGUUUUACAGAGUUUAAACCUUACACAUUCUCCAGAUUAGCUGCCUGUAUAGCUUCUUCCUCUAGUCUUUGAAGCCUGAGCAGUUCUUCGUUUAUUUCAGCUCUGAUUUUGAACAGAUUGCCAGACCUUUGAUAAGAUGCCCAUAUUGGAGAAAGCUUACAGUCCAAAUAGUUGAGGACACCUUCAUGUAUGGUCUUUCCUGGGACAAUGUUCUUCUUGUACCAUUCUUCUGCUUCUUCAAGUGAUCCUCCAUACCUAACUCUGACAACGCCAUCUUUGUCCAGAUAGAGGUGCUGUUGUUGGGUAGGAGUCAUUUUAGCCUUCAUCUUUUCAAAUUGAGAUCUGUCAAUGUUCUGAGAGCCACCCAAUCUCCACUCAGUGAAGUUGAAAACUUUCUUCUUCUUGGUGCUCUUCUUUAUUGGAGAUGGGGGUCUAGGUAUGCCUGCUGCUCUCUUCUUUUGUAGGGCAGCUUCAAAAUAGGGAGCCGGAUCUACUGCAGGCUCACCAGAGGAGGGUGCUCUGGUAGAAGUUCUGUGAGACCUAGGCCUGGUCUGUUGAGGGUCCUCUUCCCCCUUUUUGGCAUCAUUCAGAUCUUCAAUCAUGAGACUGAUCUUCUGGAAUUCUGAGGCCUGGGUUGAGGCUAUCUGCUCCAGGGCCUCUGGUAGUGUCUGGGUGACAGAGGUAAGGCCUUCAAUCAGACCCUGCUGCUUCUGUAUUGCAGAGAAGAUGUCCUUGUUAUUGGCUUCAAGGAGCACCAUCUUCUUAUGAUGCUCUUGGACAGAUGAAAGAGAUUGGACAGCCUGUUCAUGUUCCAGUUGAGUCAGAGGAGGGGUCUUCUGUCUCUUGGAUGUGGCUUGAUAAGACUUGCUGACCAUGAAUCCAUGUCAGAUGAGUCUUCAUAAGAGGAGUAUAUGGGUAUAGUGUUCCUGAUGACCUUUUUCUUCUUUCUGAAGGAGGGAUUGGGGGCAGUAGAAUGCCUAGAAUUCCCUUGAGGUGCAGAGAUGGGGGAGACAGUU